AUGCGAAGAGCCAAUGCAGCCAUCAUCCGUGAGCGCCACCCAGUGCCUACAAUCGAAGAGACCAUUCAGGAAAUGGCCGGAGGGAAAUUCUUCACAAAAGUUGACCUCAACAUGGCGUAUCAUCAAGUAGAACUCCAUCCAGACUCCAGAGAAAUCACAACAUUUGCUGCACCAGGAGGACUCUACAGAUACAAAAGACUUGUGUUCGGGGUGAACAUGGCCUCAGAGAAAUUCCAACAAAUAAUCAGUCAAGUCAUCAAAGAUUGCCCAGGUGCAUACAACAUGUCAGAUGACAUAGUAGUGGUUGGUAGCACAGAAGCAGAGCACGACUCAAGACUAGCCACAGUGAUUCAACGCUUAGCUGAACGAGGGCUGACCAUUAAUGCAAAGAAGUGUCAGAUCAAAAUGACCUCCAUCAACUACAUGGGUCAUAUCCUGUCGCAAGAUGGCCUGAAGGUCUCAGGUGAGAAGGUCAAGGCUAUAGUCCACACGCCUCCACCAGCAGACGCCUCACAAAUGCGCAGUUUCCUCGGCUUGGCUCAGUUCUGUGCAAAAUUCGUCUCUCAGUUUGCUACCAUAACUGCUCCCCUCUGGGAUCUUACAAAGCAAGAUGCUGAAUGGAAAUGGGGAGAAGAUGAACAACAGGCAUUUGAACUGCUCAAGAAAGCAUUAAUUAAAGCUCCAGUCAUGGCAUAUUACACCCUUGGUAGACCAACCAGAAUCACGUGCGAUGCCUCACCUGUUGGCCUAGGUGCAAUACUGGAACAGCAACAGCUUGAUGGUGUCUGGAAGCCGGUGUACUAUGCCAGUAGGAAACUCACACCCACUGAGUCCCGCUACUCUCAGUUCGAAAGAGAAGCUCUUGGAGUAUUCUGGGCAUGCCGCAAGUUCAGUCUAUACCUCAUUGGAUGUGAAUUCAAAAUCCAGACAGAUCACAAAGCUCUGAUCAAGGUGUUGUCGUCUAACUCAAACCCUCCCUCAGCGAGAGUGGAAAGGUGGCUGUUGUAUUUGCAGCAGUUCACAUACGAGCUCAUUCAUAUUCCUGGCAAAACCAACAAGGCAGAUCCCCUGAGCCGUCAACCCGUUGGUGACUCGGACAAAGCUGAAGAAAAGGAAACUGAAGAUUACAUCUACAGCAUCGUCAAAGACUCCGUGCCUCAGGCACUGACUCCUCGUGAAGUCGAGCACGCUUCAAAAGAUGAUCCAACAAUGUCUAAACUUCGUCAUGCCAUACUCACCAAUGACUGGACCUACUUCAAAGGCACUGUGUUUCAAGCAGUCAAGGAUGAACUCUGGACAGCCGGACAGAUGGUCAUGCGUGGCAGUAGGAUUGUGAUUCCCGAAGCGCUGCAAGAACAGGUACUUGAGUUAGGACAUGAAGGACACCAAGGAAUCGUGCGAACUAAAAAUCGUCUGCGUUCCAAGGUCUGGUGGCCCGAGAUUGACAAAACGAUAGAAAAGAGAGUAAAGAAGUGUUAUCCAUGUCAGGUAGUUGGGAAGAACGCUCCACCAGAAGAGUUGGAGAGCACACUACUACCGGAUCAACCCUGGAUGUACCUUGCUAUCGAUCUACUAAGCAUCUCUGAAGGGAACUACCUACUUGCUGUAAUUGAUUACUUCUCCAGAUGGCCUGAAGUUGCGUACAUGAGAGUCACAAGUGCUAAAAAUGUCAUUGAUGCCCUUGAAAUGAUGUUCCAGACCCAUGGAUAUCCAAAGUACUUGAGAAGCGACAAUGGACAACCGUUCGCAUCCAGAGAGUUCCAUGAAUAUCUCACCACUCAUGGCAUCACACAGCUGAAAGGAAUACCAUAUUGGCCUCAGUCAAACGGAGAAGUUGAACGUUUCAACAGAACAAUUCUGAAGUCAGUCAAAAUAGCCAAGGUUGAACAGAAAGACUGGAAGACAGUAUUGAAGAAUUUUCUGUUCCACUACCGUACCACUCCCCACACAGCCACAGGAGUGUCCCCCGCAAAGCUGCUCAUGAACCGAGAACUUGGAGACAAGUUACCCAGCUUCACUGGAUUGUCUACUGAGUUUGAAGGAAUUCAGGACAAAGACGCUCUUUACAAGCUGAAACGUAACAUAGCUGCAAAUCAGAGAAGAGGAGCCAAAGAUCAAGGAAUAGAAACAGGAGACACAGUUUUCUGUAAGAAUCUACACAAGACUAACAAAUUGGAUCCAAACUUUGAAACCCAACCUUAUGAAGUGAUUGGAAAGCACGGAAACGCAGUCAUAGUCCAACAACCUAAUGGCCCGCCCAGGAUGAGAAAUGCUGCUCACCUGAAGAAGUUUGAUGGUGCCGCUCCAUGCGAGUCUGCACACCACAGUGCCCCUGCUGCGCCUGAUUCCACCCCGGAUUCAGCCCUUCCCAUUGCAGAUUCCGUCCCAGUCACUCCCCCCAAUCCCACUUGUGCAUCCUCUCCAGGCCCCAUGAACACUGGCCCAAUACCCGCACAACCUGAAGUGAUUCCUGCACCAACACAUUCGACCAGAGUCAGAUCCCCACCAGUCUGGCAGAAGGAUUAUGUCAUGUCUAAAUGA